UAAUACUUUAUAAUAGUAUUUUAAUAAAUUUAUUAUUUUAAUAAUAAUAAUUUAAAGCAUUUAUAUUGCAAUAUUUCGAUUUAUUGAAAUGAAAGUUUCUAUAUUCAAUGAAAGUGAUCGCGUACUCUUAGUUGGAGAAGAUGUAUUAUAUUCAUCAAAUAAAAAAUGUAAUUAUAUAUAAUUCUGCUUGGAAACAAAAUAUUAUGUAUAAUAUCAUAAUAAAUAUUCAAAGACAUAAGAAUAUAAACAAAAAUAUAUUUAAGUCAUUUUGUAAAGGAUUUAAAGAACAAGAAAAUAUUUCCAAACCUUUACGUACAAUAAAACCAAAAGCAAACAGUGAUACAGAAAAGACUAUUGUUGAUUUGAAGAAAGUAAGAACAAUUGGUGGAAAAGGUGGAGAUGGAAAUAUAUCAUUUUUGCAAUUGUGGGUAAAUGAAAAUGCUGGACCAGAUGGUGGAGAUGGUGGAAAUGGUGGGCAUGUCAUUUUUCAGGCAGCAUUUGAUGUUAGAGAUCUCUCUCACUUAACUAGUGUUUUCAAAGCUGAAAAUGGUGAAAAUGGCCAUAAUAAAAACUGCUUUGGAAAAAAUGCAGAACAUACUGUAAUACAUGUUCCUAUAGGUACUAUAGUACGUAAUAUAGAAGGACAUAUAAUAGCUGAUUUAAAUCAAAAAGGAAUGAUGUUUAUUGCUGCACGAGGUGGUGCUGGUGGUCAUGGAAAUGCAUUUUUUAAAUCAGAUGUAUAUCAAGUACCAUGUAUAAGUGAAUAUGGUGCAAAUGGAGAAGAUUUACAAUAUGUAUUAGAAAUAAGUAGCAUGGCACAUGUAGGAUUAAUUGGAUUUCCAAAUGCAGGUAAAAGUACAUUGUUAAGAACAAUAUCUAGAGCUAGACCAAAAAUUGCAGCAUAUCCGUUUACGACAUUAAAACCUCACUUGGGAAUGGUAUUAUAUGAUGAUCAUGAACAAAUUGCAGUUGCUGAUUUGCCGGGUCUUAUACCUGAGUCUCAUAAAAAUAAAGGUCUCGGUAUACAAUUUCUUAAACAUAUAGAACGUUGUAAAAUUUUAUUAUUUAUUCUUGAUAUUACGUCUGAUGAACCAUGGAGAGAUUUUGAAAUUUUAAAAUAUGAAAUCACAGAAUUUAAUGUAGAACUGAACAAAAGAUUAUUUCUUAUUGCAGCAAAUAAAAUGGAUUUGCCAGGAACAAUGAAAAAAUUAGAAAUACUAAAACAAAAAAUUCAUUUACCAAUUAUUCCAAUUUCUGCUAAAAUGGGUACAAAUAUAUCUAUCUUAUUAAAGGAGAUAAGAAUACUAUAUGACAAAGAAGGAAAAAAAAAUGGAAAAAACAUAAUACAAUAUGAAGAUUUUACAUAAUAUAUAUAUUAAUUAUAUUAUAUAUUUAUAAUAAUUUUUCAAUAAAAAACAUUUAUAAAAAC